UGAUAUGAUUUCAUCAUUUAUACAGUUUAUACCUUAAUAUUUUAAAGAAAUGAUUUACAAAAAAUAUUCUCUUGUUUUAAUUAUUGCGAUUGAUUUUUAUUUUGGUGAUGUUUUUGGAAAUAUAAUUUUAAUUGGCCAAGAAGGUGUGAUGGAUAUUAUAAAUUCGAAAAAUGAAGGGGAUUAUGUUAAUGAAGCUAAAAUGAUUACUAUGCCUGGUUGUUUCAAAAUUUCAACAGUUCUGCAGUGUGGAUCUACAACAAUUGAUUUCGUUAAUAAAAAAAAAAUUUUUGCUGAAAUUUUUUUGAAUUAUAAUGAUCGUGUUGAUGAAAAUUCAAAAAUCAAUAAAAUGAUUAAAAUCACGUUUGGAGAAAAAUACAUAACUUUAAGUCCUAAAGAAACAUAUAAAAACUAUUCAUACGACGAAAAUGGUAUUAAUUUAUUGCAGCAAUCUAUUCGAAUGUUGAAUAAUAAAGUUCUAUUCAACGUAAUUAAAAUCUAUGAGAGUAAUCAUUCUAAUAAUAGAACUUUAGCUCAUUCUACGGUUUAUGAUAACACUAUAAAAGUACAACUAUAUAUGAUAGAAAAACAUCCUUUAUGGAAAUACGUCAAAGAGGAGAUUGUUAACAUUAAUAUCUCUACUCGAAACAAUAUAACAAUUACCGAUUUCAUUAACAACUCAACAACGUAUAAAAAAAAUGUUGCAUUGACUCUUGAGGAAGCACGAAGAAUCAUGGAUGAUAGAACUUUUAAGUAUGCGUUUUUACUACUUGUAUAUAUCUAUAUGACACUAAAAAUUGAUCGUGAGGCAGUAAUAGAUUGGGAAUUAUUUAAAAAAGUUUUUAAACAAUUGAGUACCGCACAAAUAUAUCCAAAAGAAUCCUAUGACAUAUGUUAUGACUUACGUUUAGACUUUCUAACUUUACAUGAAGAUAUUAUAUCAGGUCAAUAUGAGAAAACAAUCAAGGGGUUUAUGAUGAAAUAUUCAAAAUUAUUCUUAACGUCAAGAGAAAUAAGUGAUUUAGCAAGAACACACAAAUUACCACAAAAUGUAUUAAAUAAAGUAUUUCAGGAAUUUCCCAAACCUCACGAAAAAGACGUCAUCUCAUACAAUUUUGAGACUAUACCAAAUCAACUAGAUGAUAUAAAAAAAAAAUUGGAGAUAAUUUUUAGGUUAAUAACCACAGAAUACAAGAAUUUUUUUGAUUUAACAUCAUUUAGAAUAGAAAAUAACCAACUAACUCUCAGACCAUAAAUUAUACAGGAAGAGAAUUUCGAUUUUUGAAAUUUAUUUAUUUUUAUUAAAUUCACUCUAAAAAAAUAAUACAUUCUUUUUUUAUGAAAAAGAGUUCCUAGUUUUUAUUAUUUU